ACGCAAUCCAUUAAGCCGGAAAUUAUAAUCUACGCAUUUCUUUUUUCUUGUAUCUGUGUUAAAUAAUCAGCUUCACCAUUGCUCCCAAACCGAUAAGUAGCAACACCAUGAACGGUCAAUGUUAUGAGUUGAACCACACAAAUGGAGAUAUCAUAUCACAAAACCAACAAAAAGGUUGGUGGACCAUUGGUCUUAUCAAUGGACAACAUAAGUAUAUGACUGCCGAAACUUUUGGCUAUAAGUUGAACGCAAAUGGUGCUAGCUUAAAGAAGAAACAAUUAUGGACUCUGGAACCAUCUAAUACUGGAGAAAGUAUUAUCUACUUACGAUCUCAUUUAAAUAAAUAUCUAUCUGUUGACACCUUUGGCAAUGUGCUAUGUGAAAGCGAGGAACGUGAUGCUGGUAGCCGAUUUCAGAUUAGCAUCAGUGAAGAUGGUACUGGUCGUUGGGCAUUGAAAAAUGAAUCACGUGGUUAUUUUUUGGGUGGUACUCCCGAUAAAUUGGUGUGCACUGCUAAAACUCCAAGUGCCACUGAAUUUUGGACAGUACAUUUAGCUGCCAGGCCACAAGUUAAUUUACGUUCAAUCGGACGUAAACGUUUUGCGCAUCUUUCAGAAUCUCAAGAUGAAAUACAUGUCGAUGCCAAUAUACCUUGGGGUGAAGAUACGCUCUUUACACUCGAAUUUCGCGCUGAAGAAGGUGGACGUUAUGCUUUGCAUACUUGUAACAACAAGUAUUUAAACGCCAAUGGAAAGUUGCAAACGAUUUGCAAUGAGGAUUGCCUAUUUAGUGCAGAAUAUCAUGGUGGGCAUUUAGCUUUACGCGACAAACAAGGUCAAUAUCUUUCACCUAUUGGCUCGAAAGCUGUGCUUAAGUCACGUUCUUCAACUGUUACUCGUGAUGAGCUCUUCUCUUUGGAAGAUUCCUUACCACAGGCAUCUUUUAUUGCUGGUCUUAAUUUACGUUAUGUAUCUGUUAAACAAGGCGUUGAUGUCACUGCCAAUCAGGAUGAAGUUGCAGAAAAUGAAACAUUCCAAUUGGAAUUUGAUUGGUCUGCUCAUCGAUGGGCUUUACGCACAACUCAAGAUCGUUAUUGGUGUCUGUCGACUGGUGGUGGUAUACAGGCAACUGGAAAUCGUCGUUGUGCUGAUGCAUUAUUUGAACUUAUAUGGCAUGGAGAUGGUUCACUAUCAUUCAGAGCAAAUAAUGGCAAAUUUUUAGCUACUAAGCGUUCUGGACAUUUGUUUGCUACAUCCGAGACAAUUGAAGAAAUAACAAAAUUCUAUUUUUAUUUAAUUAACAGGCCAAUUUUAGUACUUAAAUGUGAGCAAGGAUUUGUUGGCUAUCGCACACCCGGCAACUUGAAGCUGGAGUGCAAUAAAGCAACGUAUGAAACUAUUUUAGUAGAACGCGCUCAGAAAGGUCUUGUACACUUGAAGGCCCAUAGUGGUAAAUAUUGGCGCAUAGACGGUGACGGCAUAUCAGUCGAUUUAGACGCACCUGCUGAUGGUUUCUACUUGGAACUUAGAGAACCAACUAGAAUUUGUAUUAGAUCGCAAAAUGGCAAAUAUUUGGGAGCAACUAAAAAUGGUGCAUUUAAACUACUUGACGAUGGCAGUGAAUCUUCUGCAAUUCAAUGGGAAUUUUAAGUAAAUGCAUUAAUUUGCAAAAGUGCUGAAUUCAUGCACUAAAUUGAUAACGGAAAAGUUAAGAUGAAUAAAUAAAUUUGUGGAAUGUUGCAAUGACGAUGUUGAAAAAAAAAACAAAAAUGUUUUGUUUUAUAUUCUUUUUACAUAAAAGUUAAAAAUCAUUUACACUUAUUUAUAUAAUUAAAUAUAAAAGUACAUGUACACUUAACCAACAAGCAAUUGACAUAAGCAUUUUCAUAUACAAAAGGCAUAUGUUUAUACUUAAUUAGUUGUGCAUUAAAAUUUCUAACAAAAGUCUAUAACAUAAUAUUUUUUUUAAAAUAAUUCAUAAAGUUUAUUUUUAUGAAAUUAAAAUCUAUAAUAAAAUAUAUAAUAACGAUUG